AUGGCUUUGGAUUUAGUUAGCAUUGCACAACCACAUUACAUACCUGGCUAUACAGGCCAUUGCCCAGAAUAUAAGUACCGAAUUGGCGACACAUAUGGCUCAACAACACACAAAAUAUUAUUGGACCCCAGUGUAAACCAUUCGGAAAGACUAGUACUGUCAGACAGGACAGCUGAUGAUUUUCAGAUAUUUCGCCCACCACAACAAGCAAUAGAUGUGGUCAAUGCAAGGUUUCGGAAUGGCGAUCCUGUUUAUAAGCAUCCUAUGAUACCAGGAUAUGAAGGCUUCUUACCACGAUUAAAUGCCCAUUUUGGACAGCGGUAUACCGUAGCAGCCACAGAAGCACUUUCGGAGUUUCAGAAGGCACAACUAAACCAGCGUGCAGCUAGAAACCAGCUGGAAAGAGUGGUCGACCUGCAAGUCGGAAAGGGGCAACCAUGGAAUCUUGUAGAUAGAUUUUCUGCAACUGCGGAGUUCAAGUUGCCUCUGGUGGUAGUGAGACCAGAAUGUGCCGGGAUACUUAGGGAUUUGCCUAUGGAUGAGCCGAAAUUGUCGCCAGCAUCUCACUCAAUCAGUCCAUAUUUCAUGGAGGAUGCCGAUCCACAGAAAUAUAUCAAGAAAGGUUUUGCAGGCCAUGUCCCCUAUGGAUUCCAGCGGUUUGGCGACUCAUCAAAGAAACUAACAAACUCCGCAUUAUGUGACUUCUCCUCGAACUACAGGAGACGUCAGAGCACAGAAUGGGCGCCUGUAAAUGUUGUCAAGUAA